AUGACUGCCAUCGAGAGCUUCGACAACAUCCAUCUCGAUCUCUCCAAGGAGAGUGGCCGAUGCCGGUUCGCAGAGACUGGUUUCGGCUGGAAGCCAAACGGCGGUGGCGAUACCUUUACGCUCGAUCACAACAACAUUAGCAAUGCGCAGUGGAGCAAAGUCGCCAAGGGAUAUGAGAUCCGCAUUCUCCAGCGCAACUCGGGCGUCAUCCAGCUUGACGGUUUCCAGCAGGAAGACUACGACCGCCUAAGCAAGGUCUUCAAGAACUGGUACAGCCACGUCCUCGAGAACAAGGAGCACGCUCUGCGCGGCUGGAACUGGGGCAAGGCUGAGUUCUCCAAGGCCGAAAUCGUCUUCAACGUGCAGAACCGGCCCGCGUUCGAGCUGCCCUAUGCGGAAAUCGGUAACACCAACCUGGCUGGCCGCAACGAGGUCGCCGUGGAAAUGUCGCUGCCUCAGGAUGGCAACGACACCGCGACGGCCAACGGAAAGGGCAAAAAAGCCGCGGCCGGCAGGGAUCAGCUGGUCGAAAUGCGCUUCUACGUCCCCGGCACCACCACCAAGAAGGAAGUAGCCGAUGGCGAGGACGGCGAGGGUUCCGACCAGGAGCCCGAGGCGGAGAAGAAUGCUGCUACGCUCUUUUACGAAACGUUGAUGGACAAGGCAGAAAUCGGUGAGAUGGCUGGCGAUACCAUUGCCACAUUUCUGGAUGUUUUGCAUCUUACUCCCAGAGGACGUUUCGAUAUCGACAUGUACGAAGCUUCGUUCCGACUCCGCGGCAAAACGUACGACUACAAGAUCCAAUACGACGCCAUCAAAAAGUUCAUGGUUCUCCCGAAGCCUGACGAUAUGCACUGCAUGCUCUGCAUCGGCCUCGACCCUCCUCUGCGCCAGGGUCAGACGAGAUACCCCUUUGUUGUCAUGCAGUUCAAAAAGGACGAGGAAGUCACCAUUGACCUGAAUCUCGACGAAGCCACGCUAGAGAGCAAGUACAAGGACAAGCUCGACGCCCAUUACGAGGAGCCUCUGCAUCACGUAGUGGCCAAGAUCUUCCGCGGCCUUGCCAACAAGAAGAUUUCAUCCCCGGCCAAGGACUUCAUCACUCACCGCAGCCAGUACGGUAUCAAGUGCUCCAUCAAGGCCAGCGAAGGUUUCCUGUACUGCCUAGAAAAGGCCUUCAUGUUCGUGCCCAAGCCGGCCACGUACAUUGCCUACGAGCAGACGCAGUCCAUUACCUUUUCCCGCGUCGGCGGUGCCGUGUCCACGCUGUCCACGUUUGACAUCACCGUCGCCAUGAAGGGCGGCACGGGCUCGUCGCAGUUUAGCAACAUUAACCGUGAAGACCUAAAGGCGCUCGAAACCUUUUUCAAGCUCAAGGGUCUGCGCGUCAAGAACGAGAUUGACGAGGACGCCAACCUGCUCGCGGCGGCGCUGCGCGAGCAGGACAUGGACGACUCGGACGACGAGGUGGUCAAGGGCGCCGGUGUGAGCGGCGCGGACCGCGGCUCCGCCGACGAGGACGAGGAGAGCGUCGACGAGGACUUCCACGCCGAGACGGAAAGCGACAUUAGCGACCCCGACGCGAGCGAAGGCAGCGAGGCCGGUUCGGCCAGCGAUGCCGGGGAGAGCGACGUGGACGAUGACGCCAUGGGUGAGGACGAGGACGAGGAUGAGGAUGAGGAGCGCCCCAAAAAGAAGACCAAGACGAAAUAG